AUAACACGAUUUGGUCACGAAUGUACUCGCCUACUUGCCGGAAUGACACGAGUAGUUACGAAUACAAUCUUUGAGUGAGCGACUCUACACAAAGAUUAAUGCGUUGUAUGCCCGCGCAAAGCAACAAUCAUGGAGCCAGUUGUGAAAAUCGUCACUACUAUCUCUGAUCUCCGUUCCAAAAACCCGGGGUCUGCUGCGCUACACUUCCAUGGGAGAUAACUCAUCAUAUUUGAGAUCCGGUUUAUGAUAAACAUGCUUCGACGAAGUUUGACGUGCAUUUGUCGAUAUUCUGGUCGACUGAUGUCGCCCACUACAUUACAUGUAACAAGAACACUGACAUCGGGCUAUAGAAGUCAAUAUAGCAUUGACAAGAUAUACCCAAAUAGCGAUCAAGAUUAUUUUGGCUCAACAGCAUUCACGCAAUCAAGUUCAGUUCUACCGGAUGGGAAAGAGCUGUUUUCAGGAUAUAUUCCAAUAAAUAAACUUGACAUCAAGUAUUCUAGGGGAAGUGGCCCAGGAGGUCAGAACGUCAACAAAGUGAACACCAAGGUUGAGGUUCGGUUCCAUGUGGAGAGUGCUGACUGGAUACCUCAGUGGAUCAGAGAGAGACUCCUGGAGAAGGAGGCUGGUAGGAUCACCAAGGGAGGCUAUCUGGUCGUGACCUCGGAUGCUACAAGGAAACAGAUGUUGAACCAGGCGGAUUGCAUGGAGAAAAUACGUACAGUCAUCUUCGGGGCAGGUGAACUUCCUCGUGAGCUCACAGAGCAGGAGAAGACUGUGAGAGACAGGAGGAUGGCUAAGGCAAAGCAGGCAAUGCUGAAGGAGAAAAGACACCACUCUCUCAAGAAACAACAUCGCCAGACUCCAAAUGUUGGUGGUUCCUGACAACAGAAGACUUGAGCAUCAUAGUGUGUGUGUGAGAGAGAGUGUAGUCCAUCGUGUGAUGGAGAUGAUGAACAAGUGAUUAUUGACCACCUGAAGGAGUUUUGAUUCUGUCAUUCAGACUUUGUGUACCAUCAGAUGUAUGGAUCUGUGUCAUGAUGACUCAAUCCGAUUGUAGCCCUAUUAAUUAAACAAAUACAUGUA